AUGUACGGUGGAGGAUAUGGGUAUGGUGGCGGUUACAAUGAAAUGAGAUCAGAUGCAUUUAUCAAUAGUUAUGCACCAGGUGGAUUAGGAAGUAACUAUGGUGAAUAUCUUGACAAUGCGAUGGGUGGCAAUCCAAAUCCAACGUGGGGACAGAUGACAAAUAGUUAUGGUGGUUUUGGACAAGGUUUU